AAGACAACAAGUUUUGAUGAGAUGCUUAAUUUAUACAGAGAGUUGCAAUAUAUUAAUUUACCUGCCCGUAGAACACUUUUUAGAUGUGGUGACAUUGGUAAAAACUUUUAUAUAAUCUUGAGAGGCAGUGUAUGGGUAAUAAUUAAAAUUUAUUUAAAGGUAUUGGUUGGUAAAAGUGGACUAGGAGAUGAGAGAUUAGAAAAGUAGGAAAAGAAAGCAGAUAAAAAAUAUGAUAGAAAGUAAGAAAAGAAACAUGAAAUAGGAAAAGAAUUUGAUGAAGGAGAAGAAUCAGUAUAAUAUAUAUAUAAAAUAGGAUGAAGAUCAAUAUUAAGAUUUGGAGGAUGAGAAAAUGCUAGAAUUUAAAUAUCCAAAUAUGAUGAAAGUAGGUAAAAUAGAGUAAGGAGGAAGUUUUGGAGAAAUAGCUUUAACUAAUUCGGUGCCUAGAUAAGCUACAAUAGUUUGUGCAGAAAAUAGUUAAUUUAUUAAAUUAUCAAGAGAAGCUUUUAAUAAAUUUUUAUGUAAUUUAUUUAAAUACAGUUAUAGCUGAGUAUUAUACAAGAAUUUAGAAUAAAAAUUUCAUGUUUCUUAAAUCAAUUAAUAUUUUUUCUGAUUGGUCAGAUGCAGAUGUAGGAUUAAUAUAAUAUCAUCUACAAAAUAUUGAAUAUUCUAUGAAUACAGUUAUUUAUAAAGAAGGAGAAUAAAUUAAAGGUGUCUAUUUCAUUAUUUCAGGAGUUGUUGAAAUACAAUAAAAAAGUAAAUCAAAUCAAAAAAUUAAAUAAAAUUAAUUAACUCAUAAACAAUAGAUAGUAUUAAAUAGAUAUUCUGCAGGAUAAAUAUUUGGAUUUCUUGAAAUUAUAUAAAAUAAAUAAUUUAGAGAAACAAAGGCAGUUUGUUUAGCUGAAAAAGUUAAAAUACUCUUUUUAGAUGAAGAUGUAAUCAUUAUUUAAUUUUAAGAGAUUUAAAUUAUAUUGUUGUUAAGGUUAAUCAUUAAAAGUCUUAGAAAAAAUGACUAAAUAAAUAGAAAAAACAUUUGAAAAAGCAAAUUUCAUAUAUUAAGAAGCAUUAAAAUAAUCAAAUUAAUCUCUAUCUUUAAAUCUUGCUGAAAGUGAUAGUUAUUUAUAGAGAUUAAAAACAGAAAAUUAACCUAUUUGCAAAACUAAUAGAAGCAAAAUUGUUAAAAGAUCAUUAGAUAUAUUAGGUAAUAUAUCACAUUAAUCAUCAAAAAUUUUAAAUUAUUGUGAAUGUGUAUCUGCAUUUAACAAAGAUAAUUAAGUUAAAUUAAAUUUAAAUAAUCCAUUAAUACAAAUUGAACCUAGCAAAAGAGUAAAAAUGUAAUAAUUACAAUUUUAAUAACUUUAUUCACCAGGUCCUCCUCCUACCUCAAGAAUUCCUUAAUUUUCUAGUAGGGAUUCAAGAUAAACCAUACUUAGAUAAUUGAAAUUACCAAGUUUAUUCAAAUUAUAAUAAUCAGAAUAAGAUGAUAGAAUAUCUAUUAGAUAAUUAGAUCCUGUUAUUUGA